AUGCUCGCGUCGCUCUCGGACCUGCUCGUCUGGAAGACCAAGCAAGCCACCAGCUCCAGCUCCAGCUCCAGCUCUUCCUCCUCCUGUGCACCCUCCAAGCGCCUCCACAAGCACGUCAAGCACAAGCGCGCGCCCACUGCCACGUUCUCCGACCUCGGCGAGUCCAGCGACGAGUCCGAGACCGAGAGCGUCGCAGCGCCCCGGACGCCGGAAGAUGUGCCAGUACGGAAGCUGCAGCCGCCGCACGGACGUGAAGGGAAGCAGGAGACUGGAGACAAGGAGCUCCUGGGCGGGCAAGGGUCUGGACUGUUUUACCUGGCGAGUUGGAAGCAGCAGCAGGUGGAGGUAGUUCCUGCACUUGUUGGGGACCAUAUUGAGACGGUAUUGGGACGAGGAUGUGUGGUGCAGUACAAGGCUCUGGAGGAGGUGUACGUGCUGAGACGAGGGGAAGCUAGUGGUGAGGAGGAAGGUUGGUUGUUCCAAGUCUCGGUACGGGAUGUGGUCAUGCAGGAUGGACGGACGUUUGGACGACGGUGGGAGUCGUUAGAGCGGUCGCGGAGCUUGUCGGAAAGCAGCACGAGCAGUGAAGACGGCGACUUGAGACGCCGCACUCGUCCAAGGCUUUCCAGUACGAGCUCUUUGAACGGGUUGACGCUGCUGAAAAGCAUUGCAUCGACGUCGUAUACGUUUAUUGCAAGCAAGUACCUGCAGGGACAGCCCGUGAUUACCAAGUUUGGUGCAGGACAUAUUGUUGCCGUGGAUCCACAGCGAGGGUCGGCACAGAUUCAGCUCGUGUGGGGCGCCGCGGCGUUCCUGAACGCUGACAUGAUUGACUUUUACCCCAAGGCUCUAGAGGGCACUGACGUGCACACGAAGUUUGGCUCGGGGAUUGUGAUUGGCCUUCGACCAGCGGAUGCGAUUUAUACCGUCCGGUUGCAUGACGUGCAGCCUGUAGGGAAGUCGGAUGUGGUUUUUGUGCAUGAGUCGGACUUGCACCGGAGUCGGAAGAUUGCAGUCACGGCUGCAAACGUCCGAGACAGAUUGAAAGCAAUGGCACAUCGUUGUUUCGGUGAACGCAUCGUUGUCGCGCACCAGAGCCACGAUGAAGAGCCAAAUUCGGCCGGAUUCCAGCACAAUACAGAAGUCAACGCUAUCGCCUCUAGGCUGGUCCCUUCGUUGGUACGUGAUCGUCAGUCGAUAAUGUCGGGCAUUUAG